CUGCUCCCACGCAUCCCGAGCCACCCCUAUGUCUGAGCACGGUUAAAUGCAGAGACUCUUCGCUCCUGCAGUCAGCAGAGCUCAGGGCAGUUUAAGGUUCCCGUAGCUGUCCUCCGUCAUCUAUAUCCUCAACCAAAUCGAUCUCCUCUCUCACCCUACCGAUCUCUUGUCUCACUGCACUGUCUCCCAACUGGCCGCUCAAAAGCUAUCAAACGUUCAUCCCCGUCUGCAGUAAUAUUUGCCAAACUCACAUCUAUAUAACAAGACGCAAAAAAAGAUUUAGGGGCCAGCCUGACUAAACUGUAUUUUAGCAAAGCAUUAAGCUUCGAUUUUACCAUACGUCUGAUAGACAUCAGUGCAGGCUUGACCUGACCCUGAUCCAGCCAUAUCUUCAGCAGUCCCGCUAUGGACAGCUCCGAGCAACAGAGACGGGUGCAGCUUGGGCGAGUGCAGACAGCGGACUCCGUGGAGCAACGGAGCCCCAAGAAGCUGCAGUUUGUCAUGCCGCCCGGGCAAAUGCAACUCGACCCCGCCGCGCUUGAGCAGAUUAGGAGGAGACGUCCCACUCCGGCCAAGUUGGUGGUCAUGAACGAACAGGCGUCACAGCCAGAUGACAGGACUCAAGAUCCCUCGGAGGGCUGCGCAGUCGCCGACUCGGAUAGCAGUGACGUCCCAAAGGCUACCACUACUACCAGCGACUGUGUGUACAACCCACCCACCAUGGAAGAGCUUCGCCACGCACUGGAGUUGUGCUGCACAGAGCAGCAGCUGAGCGGCGCUGGAACAGACGGAGCUGCUAAGGAGGGGCCCAAUGGAGUAGCGGCAGGUGCCGAGGUCACAUGGGACGCGGGUGGAGAAGUCGCGAGAGUGGCUGGGCUGAACUCUGACUCAGAGACUCCUGCCUUGGCCCAGAGUCCAGGGGAUGUCGACAAGGAGGAGCCGGAGACACUGCCAUCAGUGGAGGAGGCGCCCAGGAAACCGCGGAGAAAGGACACACCUGUGUACCAGGUCCCUCCGCUGGCUCUUGCAGGUGCAGGCAGAGUUCAGCGACGUCCCAGGGAUGUGCAGCAGCAGCAGCAGCAACCUGUCCCGGCCAUGCCUGAAGAGGAAUGGGCCGAAGAGCUGCUGGUAUCCGAGGAGACAGUGCUAUCAGCCAAAGUCAACGUCCAACCAUCUGUGCCAUCGUGAGCUGAGGACACGCGUGAGGGGGGGGGGGCUUCUCGGAUCCAACACCACAACUACUACCAACUUCAGAUCGGGGCCCUGAACUGUGACCUUGGAGGUUUUGUGCUGGUCUCAGGAGAUUUGGUCACAAGGGUAGGACAAGGACACUGGUUUUAAUAGGUUAGCAUUGGGGCUUUGAGUAAAGUGUGGGUUAUGGAUGCCAAUAAAUGCCUCUCCUCCUUACUUUAAUCUGUCACUCUCACCUCUCCCUACGCUGGCAAUCUCCACUUGCACCAUCCCUGCUGCCGGUUCUCCACUGAUUACAAAAUGAUUUUACGGUUCCCAUGAACGACAUUCUUGAAAAUGAAUGUCCUGGUAGUGGAUGCUUUCCAAACCCAGACCAAAAGUCAUGCCUACCAUGGUGUGGCUUUUCAUGGGCACAAAACAUUUUUGUUGGAUCAGAGGUUAUCAAACUAGACUCAAUCUACAUAUUAUCUGACAUUCUCUGAUGUAAGGACUGCAGUUUAAGGACAGUUUAAAUAUUCGAUGUACUGUGCUUUGUAUUGAAAUGUGUCUGUCAAUUGAGAAACGGGUUGUGGGACUUACGUGGCCAAAAUUAUACGAUAACUGGUUUAUAGAUAGGUUUAGCUUCAAACCUAGUUGCUUUAAUAAGUGUCAAUGUCAGUGUCAAUGUAGUUAUACUGAGGAGAUGUUUCAGUGUACCGUGUUUUAAAUAUUCAGUGCAUGUUAUAUUUAAGGUCAGCUUUGCCUACCCACAAAAGGUUGAGGUUGAUGAAAAUGAGGCACUCAGUCUAUUGUAAUGUGUCUGUGCAGUAUUGUAGUUUACUAUUUUAAAUGUAUGCACAGAUAAAUAGAUAAUGAAUAUAUACUGCUAUUAAGCUGUUGUUUGUGUUGGUAUAAUUUAUCUGUUAAAAGUUAAACAAUUAGCACUUCUGCAAUGAAAAAAACUAGAGCUAUUUGUCAAUCAACUGCUGGUCAUGUGGAUUGUUUAACAGUAGUUCACCAAGAUGGCCAUUUGCAAGUUGAAGACAGGGGCCUAGAACAAGUACAGAUAUCACUUUCCGCCGAUGUCGCCAUGACUUACUAUAUUAUCAGACUCAGGUCACUGGGUUGAAAACGCAGUCUACUAACCACUGCAUCGCCACUCCCCACUGCCCUUUUACAAUAACGCUAUACCCUGGUCAGUAGAAUUUCACCCCUCAUUUCCUGCUCCCAUAAAGCAACCAUUCUCCACAUCCGUAGAUGAGGAAGAUUUCACAAUUAUACAACAUAUUGAGACGCUUUUAUAUCUAGGUGCCUUUUUUUUUUUACAAAUUCAAUUUGUGCUCUGUUGUAAAUCUGACGGGGAAACGAAACACAUUUAAUAACUUCCAAAUACAUAGCAACAAUUGGCCGCUGGAACCAUAUGGAAAAGCAGCCUCCAAAAGCCUCUGAGUCAGGGAAAAAAUGUUAUUUCAUCGCGGAAUUUCCAUAUUUUCAUAGUAAUGCAUGCACAAUGGUGUGACUGAUUGCAGAGAAUACAUUUGAUUACAUGUGCAGAGGCACAUGGGGAAGCAUUUGAGCGGUAAGGGUUGACAUGCAAGAGCUGUAAUGUGACGUGGGGAAUUGAGGUUCAAAUCCGACUGAAAUUGUGGAAUUGAAUUUAUUUUCCAAAAUCGCCUCUGUCGACUCGGUAAUCAAGUGGGCACAAUGCAGUAAUUCGAUUGGUGAAUUUCUUGUAAACGCCCCAACCUUGUCACUGCUGCUGGUUCAAAUUUAACAAUCGCUUAUGACUAUAUUCUCGAGACACACAGCUCACACUGGGCCCAACACAGAAUUCGCAGGUGUUGCGCCAAUUAGGCCCCUCACGUAAAUUACUCCCCACAACCCCCAUUUUCAUCCUUGGGCAUCCCAUUAUUCACAAUGAGGUCCAUGAAUGGGGCUGGACCUGUGUGAUACUUUGGUUUGGUAAAUUUCCAGUUCCAAAAUGCUUCCCUUCCUGCUUCUUUCCUCGCACUGGCCUGCAAUUGAAUUCCCCUUCAAUCAUCACAUUUCCCCCGGUUACACGAGGGGGUGGGUGGCCAACACCACGCCCGACCGCCUUUGUCUCCCCAGUGGCGAUGUUUACUACACACCACACCAGGUACUCAUUUCUAGGCUGAGUCGACGUAGGGGAGGCCCAUGACCGGUUCAAAUAAUCGUCACUGGUGUUGGUUGCCGUGCAUGGGAAUCGGACUUGGUUGGCCAGGUUCGUAGCGCACUAACUGCUUCACUAUUGCUCCCCACAUUAAACUGCCUUUUGUGUUUAGUUUACUGACCUUCCUCCGCACACCUCCAAUUAGCAUGGUUGGCUACGUACGGUGCGAAAGAAGUUCAACGUACAUACACACACUACAAACAUCAGAUAUACAGCUGGGCCCUUCCCGUCGUGUCCGGUUGUAGCUCUGCUUUUCUGCAGGCUACCUCUCGUGUAGUGUAAGGGGCCUAGAUUUUAGGAGUGUAAUGAUUCACCUUACAGGCGAUUCAACGAACUGUCACAAAACAUGGGUCACAAUAAAAAAAAUGUGUGUGAACGUAGCGGCCUCUUAGCAGCUGCAGGGGUGUCAUGUGAGCUCAUUACACACAACACAUACAGAUCACGUGUACGCAACAUGAGGUUAAAGGAUACAUAUUACUGUAAUCGGUGCGUCUUUACACCCCUGAUGUUUUACCCUCAAGUUUAAAUGCCCGUGAUUUAUGUAAAGUUCUGAACGUGAAUGUCGCCAAGGUCACAGGUCGGUGUUUUAAGAAGUCGAUGUUUAAAUGGUUAUGAUUCCCCCACAAAGCCAUGUUAAUUUAAUAAUCAUUUCUAUCGUCGUUAUUUUAUUUGAACGUAGUCGGUACAACUUUAAAACAAGAAAAAAUUCAGAGCUAUUACAGUAAACACCGUGGUGAUUUUUUUGUCUUCAUUAAACAAAACAUGAAAA